AUCAUCCUCCUGAUGUUGUUUCCCCACUCCCUCUCCUCAUGGGCUUUCCCUUUUGAAGUCUGCCAUGUUGUAUCAUGUUUCAGGAAUGUUGCCGGUCAUCUCCACCCAACCUCUGUCCAACCUUGAGCUGACACUGAGCCCUGAUGGAAGUCGGGUGAGCAACCACAAGUGUUCCAAUCUCCUGGAUUACAGUGAGAUCCAGACCAAGCACGGUUUCAUCAAAGAACCUGCCAGGAGCCCAGAUAUAAUCAGUGAGACACUACCCUACCAAUACAGCUCUUCUCUGAGGUCUGCCCGGACCCUCCGCUUUUACCACAACCUUGACCUUGAUUCCUGCCUCUGGGAAUUCAGCAACUACUACGACAUGUCAGAACUCCUGACAGCCUGUGGUGGCUCUGUCAGCACUGAUGGCCAGGUAUUAAACUUAGUGCAGUCCCAUGUCACCCUGCGAGUGCCCCUCUUUGUCUCCUAUGUCUUUCAUUCCCCAGCAGCAAUUGGGGGCUGGAAGCAUUUUGACCUGCGGUCUGAGCUGAGGCUUACUUUUGUGUAUGACACUGCCAUUCUGUGGAAAGAAGGCAUUGGCAGUCCCCCAGGAUCAGAGCUUCAGGGAACUCUUCACCCAACCAGCAUGCACAUCAAUGAGGAAGGACAGCUGGUGGUCGACUUCCAAACAGAGAUCCGGUUCCAAGGACAAUUUGUGAUGUCUCAUCCAGGAACAUCUCUGACAUCAGUGGUGAUGUCUGUGGAUCACCCCGGUCUCACCUUCACCCUCACCCUCUUGAGCAGUGAGCCAACCUUCCACCGGCCAGAGCAGCGGUGGAGUUUUGUCUCGGACUUUGCUAUUCGGGACUACUCGGGGACCUACACCAUCAAACUUGUCCCAUGUGUGGCUGCCCCGCAACAAGAACAUACUCUGCCUAUGACAUGUCACCCACGGGAGCCAAUCGCUUUUGACCUUGACAUCAGGUUCCAACAGGUCAGUGAUCCGGUAGCGGCUGAAUUCAGCUUAAACACGCGUCUGCUCCUCUUCUCUAAAAAGGAACUCUGGGAGUCUGAUGAGCGCGUGGGCUCUGGAGCGGGCUCUGAUGUAGCCUUUCCGGAAGGUUCCACCAUCUACGGGCGGGUCUCGGUGGAGCCCGCUCAGAAUCUGGGGGCCGCUUUUUCCUGCAGCGUCGAGCAAGUCUUCCUGUGCACGGGGGUGGACGGGCACGUGCCCAAGUACAACCCAGAGAAUGAAGAUUUCGGAUGCCUGGCUGACUCGCCCUCUCUGCUGCACAGAUUCAAGAUCCUGGUGGGCAGCCGUCCCCCUCUUUAUCUAGCAGGGCCCCCUACCUGCCCCGGGUAGAGUAAGGAAAAGCGGCACUGGUACGCGGCGAUCACAGCCCCGCCCCCCCCCCUCACGGUUC